AUGAACCCCCAGAGGAAAAAACCACAGCAGGGCGUGCCUAAUGAGAUCCUAAUGUUCAAUCCGGCCCAUCAAGGUGAGUCCGGCACCUCCGCAGGAAGAAAAAGAGAUCGAUCCCCGCGGUCGGGUACCGACCUGGCUGAUUUCUCAACCCGGCGCGUUAACACAAGCCGGGGUGAAUCCCUCAUUUCGAGAAGGCAGACAAAGGCCUACGCCCGACAGGCUUAUUAUGCCGGGCAGAGAGUGAUGCACGCUGGAAGCAGACCGGCAGCUGAGCCGACGCCCAACAAAAUAUCCUUCACUGAUGAGGAUGAAUUUCUGUUCGACCAUCCCCACUCGGACGCCCUGGUGAUCACGGCCCCAAUAAUGGCGAUCAAGAUCUACCGAAUAAUGGUCGACACCGGGGCCUAUGCGAGCAUCCUGUAUUACAGCACGUUCAAGAAAAUGGGGAUUGACAGGAAGGAAGUGCAACCCUGCCGGGAGCAGAUCCAGGGGUUUAACGGCCAAAUGACAACCCCCGUUGGUCAGGUAACGUUGCCGAUCAAGUUCGGGGAGAAGGCGCAGCCCACGCGAACUAUUCUGGAAACUUUCAAGAUAGUGGAUUGCCCGAGCGAAUACAAUGCCAUCCUGGGCAGGACGGCUCUCUACAAGCUGAGGGGAGCCGUCUCUAUUUUCCAUUACUCCAUCAA